AUGGAGGCGGCUCUAGUGGACUUUGAGAGUCUGGACGACAUAGACAGAAGUCUGGAAGAUGAGCUGGGUAACUCAGACAACCCGGACGAGACCACAACCCUGACGGUCGACAUGCUCCACGAAAACUGCUCCAUCCACGGAGGAAUACCUCCCCCCUGCCCGUAUCCCUCCCCCAAUACUCUGGAUGUGCCCCAAUCACCCGUCAUGCCACCCCACAGCAGGAGGGGGCGUCCUAGCUGUGCCAGCAUGAUCUCCAACUGGAAGUUGCUGCUGAGUAGCGAGACCCAUAUGCAGAGCGAGACCAUCUUCAGCCGGCUGGCUAAGGAGUGCUGCGAGGAUGUGUUCGUGGACAAGACAGGUCUAGACGACGGAGACCAGAAGGUCAUCAUCAACAUCGCCGGGCUACGCUUCGAGACACAGCUCAAAACCCUUGACCAGUUCCCCGAGACCCUUCUGGGAGACCCUAUGAAGAGGAUGCACUACUUUGACCCCAUGAGGAAUGAGUAUUUCUUCGACAGGAACCGGCCCAGCUUCGAUGGCAUCCUGUACUAUUACCAGUCAGGAGGGAAGAUCCGUCGGCCGGCCAACGUUCCACUGGAUGUGUUUGCUGAUGAGAUCGUCUUCUAUGAGCUGGGGAGCGACGCCAUGGAGCAGUUCAGAGAGGACGAGGGCUUCAUCAAGGAAGUGGAGAUCCCUCUCCCGACCAACGAGAUAUACCGGCAGUUUUGGCUGCUGUUUGAGUACCCCGAGAGUUCCAACGCGGCACGCGGCGUGGCGCUGGUCUCCGUGUUUGUCAUCGUUAUCUCCAUCAUCAUCUUCUGUAUGGAGACGCUGCCGGAGUUCCGGGAUAACACCCUAGACCCCGUCCUACCCACCACCGUCACGCCUCUGAUGCCUUUCAAUGGGAACCAAUCGCUGGGCGGCCUCGGGACCUUGUUCCUGCCCUCGCCCUCGGCCGCACCCAAAACCAUCACCUCCACGUUCUCUGACCCGUUCUUCAUCAUCGAGACGGCCUGCAUCAUCUGGUUCUUCUUUGAGCUGGUUGUGCGCUUCGUGGUCUGUCCCUCCAAAAGCAACUUCUUCCACAACCUCAUGAACAUCAUCGACAUUGUCUCCAUCAUCCCGUACUUCGUCACCUUGGUAACGGAGCUGGUCACCACCCCGGACCAGAACUCCAGCCAGAACAUGUCCCUGGCCAUCCUUCGUAUCAUCCGCCUGGUCAGGGUAUUCAGGAUCUUCAAGCUGUCCAGACACUCCAAGGGGCUCCAGAUCCUGGGCCAGACCCUGAAAGCCAGCAUGCGGGAGCUGGGCCUGCUCAUCUUCUUCCUCUUCAUCGGAGUCAUCCUCUUCUCCAGUGCCAUCUACUUUGCUGAAGUGGACGAGCCCAGCACACAGUUCGUCAGCAUCCCUGACGGCUUCUGGUGGGCCGUGGUCACCAUGACUACGGUGGGCUAUGGGGACAUGUGCCCGAUCACCAUGGGCGGUAAGAUGGUGGGGACGCUGUGCGCCAUCGCUGGCGUGCUGACCAUCGCCCUACCCGUCCCCGUCAUCGUGUCCAACUUCAACUACUUCUACCACCGGGAGACGGAGGCAGAGGACAAGCAGCCGAUGGCUGACGCAGCAGACCUGGCCAUGAAGGCCUCAGGAGAGAGUAAACAUGGGAGUAGCACCUCUCUGAACAAGACCAACGGGACCUGGCAGGGUGACAAGUUCACUGGCCUCUGAGAUUUACAGAGACUGACCCACUGUAGAAGAGACAAUGUGUGACAGAGAGACACAGAUAGACUGACCUGUCCACUGACUGGGGCAGAUAGAUAUAGACUGACCUGUCCACUGACUGGGGCAGAUAGAUAUAGACUGACCUGUCCACUGUGAGGACAGAGAGAUAUAGACUUACCUGUCCAUUGUCUGGGGCAGAGAGCUAUAGACUGACCUGCCCACUGUCUGGGGUAGAUAGAUAUAGACUGACCUGCCCACUGUCUGGGGCAGAGAGCUAUAUUCUGACCUGCCCACUGUCUGGGGCAGAUAGAUAUAGACUGACCUGUCCACGGUCUGGGGCAGAGAGCUAUAUUCUGACCUGUCCACGGUCUGGGGCAGAGAGCUAUAUUCUGACCUGCCCACUGUCUGGGGCAGAUAGAUAUAGACUGACCUGCCCACUGUCUGGGGCAGAGAGCUAUAUUCUGACAUGUCUACUAUGGAAGAUUGAGACAGAGAAAGGUAGAGGGACAUUGUGAGCUGUGAGACACACACAACUAAUUCUCUCCUGUCCUCUGGGAGACAGACAU